AAAAAUAAAAAAACACCUGGACAUGUGGUCAUAUGGUGUGACAUGGACAUUGCUGAAGCUGCAUUACUUGAACUAUACAGCUGCAUCCUGAAUAGCCUAUUUGAGCUGCAGCCUCUAAGAAAAACACAAAUACAACCAUUGUCGCCUUGUCCUCUCCUGCCGACCUGACCCACUUUCUUGGCUUUCUUUAGAGCAGAUGCAGGCGAGAUGGAGCAUCCAGCAGGAAGAGUUUAAUUAGAGCUUCGGAGCUCCUGUCUGGCUUGAAAGCUCUUUAUCCAAGCAGCUCUCUUCAAUCAGAGGCCACGGGUCAUGGGAGGAGCCUCAGUUUCAGUCCUACACAGAGGACUCGGUUAAGAAUACAGCCUGUUAGACCGAUGAGGGACGAGUACAAGCAGCCUGGGAACGAGUGACACUGAGGGCUUUGGUGACACGGUCUCCUCCUACUGCUCUUGGUGGGAUAUAAAUGAAGCUCACACACAGCACGAGCACAAUCCUGGACAAGGAGAGUCAAGUGGACAUAGACAUCAGACCUCCAAUUUGACUUUUUACUUGCGCAGCUAUAAGAAAUAACAUUACACAUUUAAAGAAAGAAAAUGCUGAACACUGGGAUCCUAUUUCUAAGUUUUUGCCUUAGAUUCGCAGAAGGAAUUAUGACAAAUUCUGAUUCGACAGAGAAAAAACAGUACCAGAUCCAGAAUGGGCCAUGCACAUACACCUUUCUGCUGCCAGAACCACAGAAUUGUGGCAGCUCUUCAAGCACCUACAACAACCAAGUGCAGCGAGAUGAUCUGGUUGACUAUGACAGCUCAGUCCAAAGACUGGAACAACUAGAGACCAUCAUGGAGAACAACACACAAUGGCUGCAAAAGCUGGAGAACUACAUCCAGGAGAACCUCAAACAAGACAUGGCUCAAAUUCAAAAUGACGCUGUGCAAAACCACACAGUGACCAUGAUCAAGAUUGGGACCAGCAUCAUGAGUCAGACAGCAGAGCAAACAAGAAAAAUCACCACUGUUGAAGCACAGGUAAUUAAUCAAACAACUCGACUUGAACGUAAGCUUCUUGAGAACUCCAUUUCAACCAGCAAACUGGAAAAAGAAAUUCUGCAGCAGAUAAAUGAUAUCAACAAACUGAAUGAAAAGAACAGCUUCCUUGAGAAGCGAAUGGAGGAGAUGGAGGGAAAGAGAAAUGCAGAGCUGGAGAACUUGAAGAAGGAGAAGGAACAGCUCAAGAAUCAGGUGGAGAAACAGGACAGUAUCAUAAAAGAGAUGGAGCAGAAGCAGCAGGAGCUGGUGAACACAGUCAACAACCUGAUCAACACCAUCUCUAUGGGUAGCAGUUCUGCAAUGAUGCAAGACAACCCAGAACAGUACAAUGACUGUGCUGCAGUUUUCAAGUCAGGGAACAAAGAAAGUGGGGUCUAUUCAUUGACCAUACCUGAUACAAAACAGCAAUUCAAGGCUUACUGUGACAUGGAGACAGAUGGAGGCGGAUGGACAGUAAUACAGAAGCGCUUCAAUGGCCUUGUUGAUUUCCAUCAAACGUGGAAGAAUUACACAAUGGGGUUUGGAGACAUCUCAGGUGAACAUUGGCUGGGGAAUAUAUUCAUCUCUAAGUUGACACAAGAAAAGAAGUACGUCCUACGGAUAGAUCUGACGGACUGGGAGGGGAAUACAGCCUUUUCCAAAUAUAAUCAGUUCUCACUUGAUGAAGAGAAACAGAACUACAGGAUACAUCUAAACGGCUACAGUGGAACAGCAGGGAGAACCAGUAGCAUGGGCCAGCCAGGAAGUGAUUUCAGCACAAAGGAUGUAGACAAUGACAAAUGUGUUUGCAAAUGCUCACAAAUGCUUUCAGGAGGUUGGUGGUUCGAUGCCUGUGGACCAUCCAAUCUCAAUGGUGUGUACUACCAGCAGGGGCAGAAUACCAAUCGUUUCAAUGGCAUCAAAUGGUACUACUGGAAAGGCUCGGCAUAUUCACUAAAGACCACGACUAUGAUGAUAAGACCAUCAGACUUCUGAGUCUCUAGCCCCAACCCACAAUGAUAACUGAUGUCACUGCUUUCCUGUCCAAUAAGGAAGCAUUUGGUGGGGAGAAAGUUUGACCUUCAAGUACCUCCGAAACUAGAUUUUGAAUCAAAAGAUAAAGCACUUGAAAAAAGCUUUGUUUAGCUGUUAAAUUGUUACAAAUAUGGCCUACAACACAUAAGGAUGGAGCACCGCCAAUGGACAAAGUUUUGGUCAAAAUGAAUUUUGAAUAAUUAUCAUGAACUGAAGGAGUCACAACAGCUGUAAAAGGGACAUACGUCUUCAGAUUGACCUACCUUGAUGCUUCACAGGAUUUCCUUCAAUUUGAAGCAAUCAUAUGAGUAUUUUCUAAAGAGUUUAUUUUGAUGUAAUAUAUUGUAAAUGGCAAAUAAUUUACAAAAUUUAGGUUUGAUAUAUUGUCAAUGUGACUAUGGUACAAGAGUGAAUUUGAUCAAUAAUGUUGAGGGGAUUCUUUGAGCUUGCCUGACAAAUUGCUUCUCUAUAUACUGUAGCUGUCAUUAACACAUGGUUUAGUGCUUUGGAUCUAUAAAAUCUUCUUGUCCAUUUCUUCAGUCGGCUAUGUUGACAGUGGCCCAAACUCCAUAGCAUUUCUCAUUAAACAACAUUGCAAAAGAGUGUUAAAAAUGUACAGUUAUAUUUACACUACCAGUGAAAGUUUGAACGCACUUGACUGAAUUUUUUUCUCAUGAUCUUCUGAGAAACUGAUGAAUCUCAUGAAGUUGGUUGAGAGAAUUCCCAAAUAUAAGAUUUUAACAUAUUUGCUUACCCUAUUUUGGUCACUAGAGAAUUCCCAUACCUAUAUUUGUCUUAUUGCAGAGUUUUGAUGACUUUGCUUUUACUUUAAAAUGUGGGAAAUAGUAAUAAUAAUUAAAAAAAAAUUAGUAGGUGUGUUCAGUCUUUUGACUGGUUAUGUAAUCAGAGUACCAACGCAGUCUUUAAAAAUGGGCAGUUAUAUUUAUAACCUUUGUUAUAACCUUAAAACAUUUGUGUCUUUUCAUGUCACUGUAUCAGUAUUUAUUAGGGAUGUCCCGAUAUUAUUGAGAACCAGUACGAGUAUAGAUACCGAUACCUGUUUUUUUGUUUUAUUUUUUUCUGAAUUCCAUAUUAAGUUUAUUUUAUUGUUCAUUUUUAAAUGGCGUUUAAAAAAAUUCAUUCAAAAUGUUAUCAAAUGAAAACAGAACAAGGAAUUUUCAAUGUAUUGUAUUUUUUUAAAUCAAAUGACGUGCUUUUAAACAGAACCUCACAGCAGAAUCCAAAAUACAACAUUGGAGUUAUUUUUGUCAAAUAUAGUGCUGCAUAACAGAGCAUCACAAAUCUGAGAUAUUGCUUAAAUAAAAUAAAAUUACUAUUGAUUUAUUAUUAGUAGUAGUAGGAGUAUUACAGUGAAUACUGCAUGAUGUCAUACAUUUCUUCCAUUUAAAUGUAGAUUUUUUUUUGGCGGAAGCUUUUAUUUUGAAGCCCUAUCCGUUUCUGUGUGUUCUUGACGGUAGCUUCUCACUUCCAGAAAAGCAGGUUGCUACGUGACUCAAAGUGAUUAUUAAACCGCAAAAGGCUGCUAUUUAAUGAAAUACAUAUGUAGUCUGUAUGUGCCUCGUGCUACAAAGUGAAUUAGCGGUCUGCUCGCUGUCAUUUGCUACAAACAGAGUGUGCAAUGUUCAUGAUGGUGUUUUCCAUGUAUGAGCCAAGGAGCUCUAAAAGGUAUGACCACUAUGUGUCUUUAUGUCAGCACAACAACUGCUCCAUACAUUCACUUUGAAGCACACAGCACAUGCAAACUAUACAUUUAUCUCAUUAAAUCACAGCCUUUGCUGUUUAAAAAAAAAAAAAAAAAAUCACAUUAGGACAUUACACGGUUUUAAUUUGUGAGCUGAAUGUUUACGGAAUGACAUUCGUACAUCAGAUGGUAUCGGUUUUUGUAUCGGAGCAUUUUCAUGAGCACGAUUAUAAGUAUCGGGACAUCCCUAGUAUUUAUCAUUUAUAAAAGUAUCAAAAAGUAUCAAAAUAACAAAAACAUGAGAAAUGUAGCCUUGGCACAAUUGUUUAAACAUUAGGGAAACCAUGCUUUACUCAAAAAAUAUUUGGGAUGUUUGAUUUUAGAUUACUCUAAAGAUUAUUCAGACGACCAGGCUGAAUUUCAUAUUUCACCAUACUGAAAUCCCUGUCAAUAAUUGUUUCGGACUAGUUUAAAAAAUAUUUUUAUAAGAGCAAAUCAGUGCAUGUACAAUUCUGUUUGCAUCUUCAGUUAACUGUUUAUUGAUGAUAUCUGGAGAGAUGGAGCAGAAAUGAGUUAUGGUAGAAAUCGUUAUAACUAUGAAGCACAGUUAGUAUUUUAAGAGAAUAAUUUAUUUGUUACAGCUAAAAUAUAACUUACAAAUCUUAUGUCAAUUUAUUUUGUGAUUUUAGACUUUAUGUAUUUAUGUGUGUUGUAAAAGGCCUAUUCACAUCAAGUCCACAAUUUCUGCACAAAAUACAUGCAGGACAAGAACUUGAUGUGAAACAAUGCACCUCUGACUGAAUAUUAAAUAUUAAACAAGUCUGAAAUAUUGUAACGAUAUGUUAUUUUACUUGAAAGGACAGUUCUAUUUUUUUAAUUGUCAGGACACAGAAUAAACCAUUAAGGUAUUAUUUGGUAUUAACUGUUUUUGUGAAAACAAUUAUGAAAAUUUGGCAUAAAGAUAGUAAGAAUUAUUCCCAGAAAAACAUUUUCAAUAGGUAAUAUAUAUAUAUAUAUAUAUAU